UCUUGACAUUCAACUGCCGAACCUAUUCCUUCUUGGGUUUAGGGACGGUUCGGAACUCCCUUUGGGAACAGGGUGAAGGGGCAUCACAACUCUACCCCUAAGACGCUUUGAAGAUUCUGCUACGCUGAGAUUGCGUCGCAGUUAUCGACACAGCCCUAGCUAGUAUUACUGCGUGAUAUGCGUUCAUGGGUAGCCCGCUAUAUAUCCUCACGGUAAGCCCACCGGCUCGGGGACCGAGUCCUAGGUAUCUCUUACUUUCUAGUCGAAUUUUUAUUUCCCUUCCACUCUCUUUCGAACCUCCUAGUGAGCAGACAGCCGUUGAGCGGUUCUUUAUCAUACGGUUUAAUCUAUAAUACACGAGUUUCGUUUUCUUGUCGGUCAUUAUCUCGUAACGUCCUCACCGGUUCUUCAGUAAUAACUAUGUUAUUCUUCACUAGUUCCAUCCUCCUCGCUGCAGUUGCUAGUGCGCGACCAUCUCGGAUAUUGUAUAGGAACGCGCCGGUUGACGUUGGGGGGUUCAAGAUUCUAGCAACUAGCAAGAUUAUUCCUGUUGUCGUUGGUGGACCACAAGAUACCUUCGUGCCUAAUACUGUGAAGGCAUCCGUUGGCGAUGUCAUACAGUUCCAGUUCAGCAACGGCAACCACACCGUAACCCAGAGUGCCCAGAAUGCUCCGUGUACACCUCUUCAAGGCGGCAUCCACAGCGGACAUAUUCCAUUCCAAGAUGGUCAAACCACCGUUGGCACGUUCAAUAUGCCUGUGACAAACACCGACGCUUUAUUCCUAUACUGUGCUACGGGACCCCAUUGUCAAGAAGGACAGGUCAUGGUUGUCAAUCCUGCUGAUGACCAGCAGAUCGUCGACUAUGCUAAGGGGUCGCAAUCGACAACAGCUAGUGUCGACGGUACCACGGUAACAGGCGGGACAGUCGCUUCCAUUCCCCUUGCUAACGCUGCUUUCGUUCCCGCCGCUGCGCAGGCAGCAGCACCCCCAGCCGCUGCUGCUCCCGCAGUUUCUGCUGCACCUGCACAAUCAUCUGCUGCCACUUCUGCCCCUGGGACAACCACAACCACUAUUACCGUACCAGCGGCGACUGCUUCUGCAGCUCCCGCAGCCUAAUCGCGCUAAUCGAAGCCGGUCGGUUGGGAUAUCAAGAGGGUGGGACGGCGUUUUGAUCGUAUAUACUUGGGUUGGGCAAUAGGUGGACAUGUAGAUUACCUAGGUACCUAGGUAUAUUAUCUUGGUGAAUUGAC